CGCCGGAAGGCGGCGGCGCGGCGCGGCCAUGGCGGAGCGCAUCGAGCAGCGCCUGGAGGACCGCGUGCCCGAGCUGGAGCAGCUGGAGCGCGUCGGGCUCUUCACGCGCAGGGAGAUCAGGGCCGUGCUGAGGAAGGCCUCGGCGCUGGAGUACAAAAUACAGCGGAGAGCGCUGCGGAAGGAGGAUUUCAUCAGUUACAUCCAGUAUGAAAUAAAUCUGCUGGAACUAAUAAAGAAGAGAAGAGCACGUAUUGGCUAUUCAUUUAAGAAGGAUGAAAUCGAGAACUCCAUUGUGCAUAGAGUCCAUAGCCUCUUUAAACGUGCCACAGGAAAAUGGAAAGAAGAUGUCCAGCUGUGGUUGUCGCAUGUUGCUUUUUGCAAGCAGUGGAAUGCAAAACAUGAGCUUAGUAAGGUGUUUUCUUGCAUGUUAGCCAUUCAUCCCAAUAAGCCAGCACUGUGGAUUAUGGCAGCAAAAUGGGAAAUGGAGGCGCGUCUCUCAUCAGAAAGUGCUAGACACUUGUUUCUUCGUGCUUUGCGCUUCCAUCCAGAGUGUUCAAAACUUUAUCAAGAAUAUUUCAGAAUGGAGCUGAUGCAUGCUGAAAAACAGAGGAAAGAAAAGAAAGAAUUUGAACGAGCAAAGAUGGACUUGGGGGAAUUCAAUUAUUCUGAAGAGAUUCUUAAUGGGGAAAUGGCUCGCAUCAUUUACAGGGACGCUGCUCAGAAAAUCGAAGGUGUUGAGUUUCAUCUGGCUGUGCUUUCUAUUGCGAAGCUCUUUGAUUUUACACAAGAUUUGCAAAAAGAAAUUCUUGAAAGUUUGCAGGCCAAGUAUGCUGAUGACCCUCUUACAUGGGACUACAUGGCCCGUCGUGAGCUAGAACUGGGGUCUGCGCAGUCCACAGAACAUACUACAAAACAGAUGAAAGUGUCUGAAAUGAACCAGAGAGAGGAACGCUGCUGUGCAGUGUUUGAGGAGGCUGUGACAGCAGUUCCCACAGAGGACAUUUGGAAAUGCUAUAUCACUUUUUGCCUAGAGAGAUAUAACAGGAAAACCAACAGUGAAGAAUUAAAGCAAAAGAGGCUGGAAAGGACAUUGAGUGCAUUCAGCAAAGCCCAUGAAUCCACCUUGCUGCCAGAAGGUCUAUAUAAGCAGUGGCUUCAGCUAUUACUGGAGUCCAGCCUCUGUGAAAAGGCUGUGGAGGUAGCAGAAGCCGCAACUAAGCGUUUCAGUCUGUCAGUGGAAAUAUGGCAGAUGAGGCUGCAGGUGCUGAUCCAACUGAAGAGCGAUGAUGUGACCCAGUGUUUUGAGGAAGCUCUUAAACACAUGAAAUCUAAGGGCACCUUGCCGUUAUGGACCCUGUGGGUGGAAUGGAGUGAAGGCACAAAUAGCAAGGAAGACACAGAAGCCCUCUACCAGAGAUCCUUGCGUGCCACAGCUUCUGCUGAGUCUGUGACUAUGAAAGAAAAGUACCUUGACUGGGCCUACAGGAAUGGUGGUUAUAAGAAAGUUAAGAGAGUCUUUACCAGCCUGCAUGAAAAUCGUCCGUUUUCACUUGACUUCUUCAGGAAGAUGAUUGAAAUAGAAAAGGAGCAAGAAUCCUGCAAGAUGCUUCAUUUGAGAGAGUACUAUGAACGUGCCUUGCGAGAGUUCGGUUCCACAAAUUCUGAUCUCUGGCUGGAUUAUAUUAAAGAAGAGCUAAAUCAUCCCCAAGGCAAACCAGAAAACUGUGGCAGCAUUCACUGGCGUGCUAUGAAGAUGUUACAGGGAGAUCUCGUGGAAAACUUUGUUUCCAAAUACACUUUAUUGCAAACUGGACACUUAUGAAAACUGUAACUAACCAAUUACAACAUGACAGUGGUGAUUUUUUUUUUUUUUAACUUCUUUGUAUAAGGGUAAAUUUGUUCCUGGAUCAUAUUAAAAUACAUUCCCCCCCCCCCCCCACGUGCAAGAACAUAAUCUGCCUUAGUGCAGUUGUUACUAGUGUGCUUCUGCCAGUGGCAGGUUCAAGUGCACCAUUAAAAGAGAAAGCAAAGGCAGCUCUGAGGGCAUUCUCUACUGAGAAUUAUGAGAGUAAACUCUUUGUCAUAAUAAAUCAGCUUUUACACACUGGAAAGGUAAUACUACAGCAUAUAAAUGUAGAGAAGAAAAAAGGCAACAACAAAAACAGAAGCCACACCUCUUGGUAUGUCCUUUAAGUUCAGUAAUGAAAAGGGGAUUAAUGGAAAAAGAAUCUGUAAAAUUAUAAUGCUAUUUAUUUCUUGUUUUUUAACCUUGCAAUCACCUAUGAUCCCCUCUUUAAAAACAAAAAGAACUACUGCAAUUUGUGUUUGUAUCCCCAAAACUAAUUUGGAGAGCUUCUGUGAAGGGUAGUGGUGAAUAGAGAUCAAUCACAAAUAUCCCUGAUGUCACAGUAGAAAGUUCUGAUCUACACUUGAGCCUUAUGUCCUCAAUCUCUGGAGAAAAAAUAUAUAAUGGUUCUUCAUAGACAGUCCUGUCUCUGGUUGUUUGCAGAGCUGCAUUUUCCCAUGUGAAACCGGUUAAAAUAACGUAAGCGCUAUCAUCAGACCAUUAGCUUAGUCUCUCUUUUCUAACAGUAACCAAUAGAGGAUGCCUAGGGAAGAUACAGGAACUUACAGGACUAAUUCCGUUACGUAAUUUCGCAGUGUCUGAAUGGUGUGAUUUUUUUUCAAGGAGAUUGGUAAAAACUGACACUCUGAGACUUAAGGACCUUGAUACAGAAAGGUAGGCUUUCCUUCUGAAUAGCAGAUGCAUGUUUUUCAACCAUUAAUCUCUCCCAAGAUAAAAAUGAUUUGUUCCUUAAUGACACUUUAGUACAGAAAAAUACUUUGUUUAGAUUUCUCACAAAAGUAGAACCUGCAGCUCCUCAAGCAGUGAAUUCUAGUGAAUUUUGGUGAAUGUAAACAAGGUUUGGAGCAACAGCCUAUAUACAGAUAGCUGUUUUCAUGACAGCUGAAGUACGUGUUUCUUUGUCUUUCCCAAGCUUUUAUUCAGGCCAUCUUCUGUCUCCCCAGUGGUUUUCAGCUGUCUCAUGUCUGGCAUUGAACAUUUCCCCCAGUAUUCACUCUUUCUAAAUCCUGUUGGUCUAUCCUUUAUUACGUUACUCCCUACCCUAACUCUCCUGUCUCACAUCUUCAGUACAACAAAAAAAGCUUUUAUUUUAUUGCAAGACUUUAAAAGAAAAGUCCAACAAAACACAAAAACAUUACCGUUUUAGAAAGUGAGGUUAGCAUAACAGGCCUGGAGUAAAGGUUGAGACUUGUGCUCUGGGUCUGGUACUGGCAUGUUUAGUGAACCAAAAAAUACAUUUCAUGUUGUUCCUCGGUUUCCCCAACUACAACUAGUGUCACUGUUUUUAAAGAGCACAGGCUCCUUGAUGUCUACUGAUGGAAGAACUGACUCUUAAAGAACUGUUUGUAAUUUUGAAAAAUUAAACUUUAUCAUGGCCCUUUGUA